UGACAUUUUCCUGGAAACCAUGCAUUGUGAGAGUUGCACCAUGACGAAACAUGAAUGAGUUUGUGUGUGCACCGUCGAAUCUGGUAGGAAGGUGGGCUCUAUGGACAAUAACACAUUGUGAAACCUAGAAGAAACAAUAAGUCUGCUCUGGGCCACCGGGUCACAACUUGUGGUCCCGCACACAAUGUGCGUCUAUUGCUGUGGAUGUGAUGCCACAAUUCACGAGGCGAGUAUUUAAGGUAUGGCUCCUUCCAACCAGCUUAGCAUCUUACUCCCCUGUCAUGGAGCCUGCUAUCAGCUUUCGAUUUAGUGACCUUCCUCUUGAGAUUGCCCUCCUGAUCCUCAAAUAUGCGGCCAGACCGACGUUUUCCCAAAGAGAGAAAUAUGCUGAUAAAAAUCCCUAUGCAACCGCUCUCUCCCUAUGUCUUGUCUCUCGACUUGUGAGACGCACGAUCCUCCCCGAAUUCCUGCACACCAUCUCGCUCCACCGAUGUGACAGCAUGAGAAUGUUCGCAACCACUCUGCUUAUCCAGGAAGUGUACGCUAUUGAAAAAAGCGAUCUUUUCUUCGACUAUACCUCCGCCGUACAGAGGAUGUGGAUUAGUCAUAAUGACUUGGUAGAACAACGCUGCCGAGAUUCUGAGAGCAAGCUGUACCUGAACUUGCUGGUUCCGGUGUUGCUCGCUGCACCAGCACUUGCGAUUGACUGGUACAAUUUAAAGCUUGUUGUUCAGAUCGUGGAAGAUGUGAGGACCUCCUGCGCAGAUCUCGAUGCCGACCGCAGACAUGCCCUUUUCCCUGGGAAAACCCAAAGUCUGACGAUAAUGGGCCACUGCAUCAACUGGGAUAUCUUCAAGCACGUUCGAAAAGGAUCUGUUUUCCUCGCAUCAAUCCCCCAUCUCACCUACCUGGCCAAUAUUGGGACGGAGGGUGACAUUUUUCGCGACUUCAGCAUGGGAUUAGUAUCCCCGGAACACCCGCUGCGUGCGUGGAUGCGCGACAUUCCGUGGGCUUGCAUGAAGAGCCUCGAAACAUUUUCAGUAGUCUACCCGCACCUGGAUGCCCCCUACGACAUACUCACGUAUAUCGAUGACACAGUGGGACUGGACUUGCAUGUAGAGCGGCUCACGGUGUCUGCUUCCCUGUUCAGGCAGGACCCUGCAUCCUUCCCGUGGGUGACACCGCCGUUUCCUGUGACCCGUCCUGGAGAGAAGAGUACUCCAUCAAAUGGUGUUUCAUUCGAGGUUACACAAGAUCGGGCAAACUUUUGGCAGUUUUUUUACAUGUGGGAUAAGGUUUGGGCCUGCGGGUUAGCCGACUGAUAAGUGGUACCGGGUGUUAUGAAAAUCAUGAUAAAUGCUUUG